AAAUCUUGAGAAGUUCCAUCUGGUCCUCUCCGAUGGUGUGCACACACAGAAUGCUACACUAGCAUCCCACCUGAACCGCCUAGUCAAGAACAGUCACCUCCGGAUGGGCACAAUUGUCCGCCUCCUUGAGUUCAUAUGCAAUAGCGUCCAGAAUCCCAGGACUAACACUCAAAGCAGUGUUACAUGUAUUUGCCAGAGCUCCUGGUUUUCUUAGCCAUAAGGCUGAUCACUUAGAAACUGCAUUUGGUCGACAGGGACAUAUUAUUAAAGUGGAAAACCGGCUAUCCUUUGAUAGGGAUAGAUGGAUUUCUUUUUUUCCCUAAAAGUGAUAAUUUUAAGGCUGCAUAGUUUAAACUUCUAGUGUCAACUUACUUUUGGUCGAAUGCUCUAUUGCUAUUCUAUAAGUUCUAUUGCUACUCCUCUAUAUAUAAGUUCCCCAACUCAAUGUCACAGCAUUUGGAGGCUCAUGUGCCAGUGUUUCAAAGGCGACCCUGGGUUCGCCUGGACACCUAGGCAAUGCCUUUGAAACACUGUCAUGUGCUCAGUUUAGUAUUUUCUUGAGUUCUGGUUCUGGCUGAUCAUAGAAAUCUUUUAUAACUGGGUUUAUUUCUCAAAAAAGUGUUUUAUGGUAGAGCAUGAAGAAUAUUACACUUAAAUAUGAGGAAUAUAUUUAUGGUAUGAUUUAUCGAUUGGUAACUUUGGUACUGUUUCUAGAGUACUACUUGUCUAACGAAUUCACAAGACUUCACUUACUUUUUUUCUUCUGUCAUCUUCUGAAAUCAGUAUGGUCAGUGUUGUCCAACUUGAAGUACUUCAGACAGAUUGUGAACUGAUUGGAAGAUCAAAAGCAUAUGAACAACCUUAUGGCCUCCAGGUUAAACGUGGUGAACUAUAUCAUGGAUCAGUGCCCAAUUAUGCUCAACCAGAUAGUGCAUCCUAUUCUAGUGGUGAAGGUUUGAAGUGGCUCCUGACUCAGGGUGCCGUAGAGGCAAUGUUGGAGAGUAAAAUGGCUGUGGAGCAGCAGCCAGUGAUGCAGGUGGUUGAUGUCUCAACAGUGUCUAGAGGCAAGAUCACUGUGUAUUGCGUUUUGCUCUCUGAUGGUGUCUACCAGGAACACGCCCUUCUCUGUCCCGACGUAUACCCCCUGGCUGAGCUCCGUAAUGGUUCCAUAGUUCGUAUUCUCAAGUUCAAGUUCAAUACACUCAACAGUGACACCCGCAUUAAUUACAAGGCUUUCAUUGUGAAGCUGGAGAUUCUUCAAAUGGAAUGCAAGCUAAUAGGAAGACCCAGAUUCCACGAGCGUGGACUAAAGCAUAAAGAAAAGGAACCAUAUCUUAAACAUGCUGCAAAUGUCCCACCUUUACCUGAGCAAAGCUACCUCAGUGUCCUGGGUGCGUCAGAAGAUGCGACAAAAUUGAGCGAUCAAUUUCAUCCUGGGUACAAAUCCAUGCCUGAUUGAUCAGAUACUUCACGUGCUGAAUUUUCUCUUGUUGAUAUAGUGGCUGGAAUUUUUGCUGACACGGUUGGAUCUGUUGUCUUGUUGAACAUGCUGUCACGCAGAAGAAACUCCCGACGAUGUUACCUGGGAAGCGUAUCUGACCUAUGUUCAUUAGUAAUUUCCUAUACUAGGGUUCUAUUGCUGAUUGCUGGCUUGCUGCAUUUGCGACGUGUUACACUGUUACUGUUUUCCAAGAGAGGCUACUG